AAAAUGGCGUCGAUUUACCUACUUCUCACUUUUCCCGCCUUAGUCCUUGCAAGCAUAGACAUAGAAGUUUCUGGAAAAUUCGACCACGACCAUUCUAACCUCAAAGUUUAUUAUUCUGGAAAACAAGUCGAUGUUAUAACGGACAAAGAAAGAAAUACAUUCGAAUUGAAUGACGGUAAAUUAAAGGAUGCAAUUGCUGCUUACUUCGGAAGACGCCCUGAUGACGCUUAUCUCCGAAGCCCAACGCCAUGGAACGAUUUGUACCGAAGUUACGGCUGGAACCAAGUUUUAAGGACAUUAACUCCAAAACGCGGGAAAAUCCUGGGCAUCAGCUCGCAGCCAACUAUAGUCAUGCAACAAGUUUUUGAAAACAACAGCACGAAACCAGCGGAUUUCGACGUCGGAAUCCAUCAGACAGUACAAAAUACUGUUUCGUCGUCAUGGAGUAAAAGCGGAGACUUGACAUUAGGUCAGGAGAUUAAGUACGGGUUCGACCUUGAAGUCUUAAACGGUGGCGUUACAACCGCGUUCCGUUACACGUCUUCUUGGGGCGAAAAUACGCAGAAAUCUGAAAGUAUUACCAUUGGAUCCACCGCUGGGAUGAAAAUUCUGCUACAGCCAGGGCAAGCCGUGCUGGCUUCUCUUCACGCAACAAGAGGAACAAUCAAAAUCGAAUUAGAAUACGAAGCCAGUUUAUCUGGAGACGCCGCUGUGAACUACGACGAUGCAUACAGGGGUCAUCAUUUCUGGGGCCUGGACGUUGGCGCCGUGAUGGCAAGCAAUAACCUCCAAAAUAAGAAGGUUUCAAGGGAAAUCAUCGAAUUCGGUUUCUAUUCUGAGUCCAAAGUUGUUGUUAACGAUAAGAAUACCAGUGUUAAAGUUUUAGAAGUGGCAUUUUGA